AUGGUCCAGGCGCGACAGUUCAGAGCUGAGCAUGUUGAUGCUCACUACGCUUCUGCGCUAUUUCGUUACGAAAAGGAGUUCAGCAUCAAAUUUAAGGAACAUCUUGUGUUUGUCAGCAUGGACGACAAACAUACCAUCAAAGUUGGUGAACCUAAUUGUCCUGUUGCGGCAGUGGAGCGUGGCAAGCAAGUUCUUGUUGCCAUAGGGACGAAGCUUGUUGUUGCAGAUCACAAUUUCACCAGGAUAAGUAUGACUCUGAGUGUCAAUCUUUUUAGCCAGGUUCCUGAUCACAUUGAUGAAUCAUUCUACACAGGUCAAGUUUGUGUAUCGUUUAAAGAAAACUCAUUCCAACCAUCUUCACCGAUGAGACACAUGGCCGAACUUAAAGGGAAAAUGACCAGCAUGAAGAUCAACAAGCCAAUUCUUUUGGCUUAUACUGAUGGGGGCCCAGACCAUCGACUUACUUACCUCUCAGUUCAGUUGUCACUGAUUUGUCUAUGGCUUGACAGAUAAAUCUGCUGUGGCUAAACAUACUUGGACUUACGACCAUCGUAUAAAAUGGGACGAAGCAACCAUUUUGGCGAUUGAUAGUCAUAAGUUCUCUCGCAAAAUGAGAGAGUCAAUUGAAAUUGAGAAGCACAAUAGUAUAGAUCAGGAGGGAAAGCCACUAGAUAGUACGUGGCGUGCUCUCUUUAAUGUGCAAAAUUAAUUUCUCUUGUCUUGGAUGCACACGCGUUAAUUGGAAUCACUUCACUACGUUUUGAAAUGACGUGGUUGAUGUGCCGUUUAAUUAAAUUUCAAAUGACGCGAGCGAACAGAUCACGACACUCUUGUGUAUAAAAAAAGCGUGUGAAUUAAACAAGUCACAUAUUAUUAGCACUGAUGAAGAUCCGGGCUUAUGGAUCAAAAGCUUUGCAGUAAUAAAUUUACGUGGUGUUUCCACAAACAAAAACAAUUAUAAUUUACUUGGCUUGUAAGGACUUUCUAUUCUUAGUCUUACUUUCUUUUGGGUGAUCAGUAACACCAACUCUUACUUAUAUAAUAUAACACUUCAACAAGCAAUCCGGCCAAUCAUGUUAUACUCGAUUAUUAUCGAUGUUUUAAUUUGAUUAUAUUUAAAGCUUGUAACAGUGCAGUUUUAGUCAGGUGAAUGUCAAGUUUAGGAUCAAGAUCAAGGACGCUACGAGUCAAAUUGGAUGGCUAGGAUAAUCACAGGUGCGAGAGGCAUUGGAAGGGUUUCCUGAUUUCCAAUCCAUUCGGUCACAAAUGUCAAGGGUGAAAUCGGCUGAAGUGCCUGACAUGCCUCAAGAUAUCGACGACGUGAACAUCAAAGGUUCCUGGGCACAAUCAUUGAGAAACAAAAGGUUCCUGCUACAUCAUCAGGACAAUGAUUGGGGCAUUGCUAUUUUCAGCACUCAAAGAAAUCUUUGUGUGCUUGAUGAAUGUCAACAAUUAUACAUGGAUGCAACUUUUCGCACAGCCCCACGACCAUACGAGCAAGUUUUCACCAUACUUGGCGAGUACUACGGACGAGAAUUGCCACUAGCCAUCGUACUUAUGACAAAUAAGGCGAUUGGCCAUUAUAGGCAAGUGUUGUAA